GGAAGCUUUUCUAGAGAUCCAACUAAGCAAACCAUUCCAAGUAUAUGUAAGUAUUCAACUGGAAAGAGAAUAAACAUGAAAAAUUGAAAAGAUCUGUAAAGAUUUUUAUAAGAAACAUUUUUCUCAUCGAUGACAAUGGAACACCAUGGUUGGACUCUGAAAUCCUCACUGUGCUGCAUGAGGAAGUAGAAAAGGCACUUUAGAAAACAAAAAUAAAAAGAGCCAGUGUACUAGAAAAAAAAAUAAAUACAAAGGAUGUCUGGGCUAAAGGAGACACAUGUUUAAGAGCAAGGAAAGAAUUCUUCUCCAAGUAUCUGAAAUGGGAAGAUAUUAAAGGUGACAGCACCAUGUAGAGUUCUGAAGGAAAUGGAUAUAAUUAAGAGUUCUGAAUCAGUCUGUUACUGCUACAACCGACUUGCCCAAAUGGAAUGGAAAUACAUUUGGUCAACUAUCCAGGUGAAAAUUACCAGCUCAGACAUGCUCAGCAUUGUAUUUAUCAUGGAAGAACACGAUUGUCAGUAUCCAGAAACUAUCCUUGCUUUUAUCAAGUGCACGAUUCAUGCCUUUUGGAAACCAAAGGAGUCUAAUGAUAUAACUAUUAAUAUUAAUCCAUAUGAGAAGUCUGUGUGUUUCUAUGUGAAGUCUGCCAAAAGAUUUGCUUAUACAUUGAGGGUGAAUCGAAAUGUUGUGGAUACAAAACUCUUCCUUGUGUUCAUGACAGGGAUAUUCCUGUUCUUUAAAGCAAAGACCCUGAGUAGGAGCACUACUUUCUAUUAUUCUGCUGGAACUGUGCUGGGCAUCCUUAUGACCUUAGUCUUUUUCCUGCUGUUCAUGAGAAGAUACAUUCCCAAGUAUAGCACCUUUGGGGCCCUCAUGGUUGGUUGUUGGUUUGCUUCGUUUUACCUCGUAUGCCAGUUAAUGGAAGAACUAAGGUGGCUCUGGUAUGAAAACAAAACGUAUAUAUUAGGCUACAUCCUGACCAUGGGAUCCAUCAGCUUUGCUGCUUGUUAUAGACAUGGACCACUCGUCAAAGAAAGGAGCAUAAAUCUCUUGAUGUGGACAUUACAGCUUUUAUCCUUGGUCAUAAUUUACUUUGGUGUCACCACAACCCAGGUUGCCUAUGCAGUGAUAGUUCUCCUGAUUUCUUCUCAGGGUCUACAUUAUCCAUUCAGAGCUUUCUGCUGUGUGGGCAGAAAAAUCAAGGAAUAUUAUAAAUCAAAAAGGCUGGUGAUUAAGCAUAUUACGGAAGAAGAAUAUAGGGAGCAAGCUGAAAUGGAGACAGCCAAAGCAUUGCAGAGGUUGCGGGAGUUUUGCCACAGCACAGACUUCCCAUCGUGGUUAACUAUAUCCAGACUCCAAUCCCCAAAAAAGUUUGCAGAGUUUGUUUUGGGAGCAAGUCACCUGUCACCUGAAGAAAUCAGAGCUCAUGAAGAGCAGUAUGGUAUUGGAGGAUGGUUCUUGGAAGAACAGCUCUUUAACUCAGGAGGGGCCCAUGAGUCCAAUCAACAAGGUGAUUACUCUCAGGAAGAGGAAGUAGUUGAAAUUCAGGGUGUGUCUGAAAGGGAAGAGGAAGUAUUAUAGGGAAACCGAGGCCUCAGCAAUUUCCCUGGAAUACCUAAGAGUCCCAAGGGAAAGGGAAAUUAAACAUUGUAAAUAUCUUUUGUGCCUGGAAGUCAUCCCUGCUGGCAAGUUUUGCUACUCCUUGUACUGUAGGUGGCAACCAAGAUUCUUUGAAAGAUUCCUUCUGAGUUUCCUAGAAGGGAAACUCUCCCUGGGAACAAUGGGAGGCUUUCUUUCUGUUCCUCAGGAGGUCAGCCAGUAUGAAGAGGUGCCUUAUCAUUGUUGCAUUAAGUCUUCCUCUUGAUCCUCAAAGUGAGAGAGGCCGUUGUUGUCUUCUAGCAUAUUUUGGCUCUCAACUAGAGGAAGAGACCAUUGAUAAUGUGACAGAUAAGCUUCAUAUGCCAUUCCUUAUUUGAUUUUUUUGGUUUGUUUUAGGUGUGUUGGAUAAACAUUGAUAACUUUGAAAAAGGGAAACCCAUUUUUCUAUAUUUUUUCAGGUUUUGAUAAUUUCACGAAUGUAAUUUCAUGACAUCAGGGUUACUUUUCAUAUUUAACUUGAAUGGUAAUGUUCAAAUAAUGUUUGAGCAUGUUUAUCUUCUAAUAUUUAAAUCAUUUGUUAGGGGGGCUUGGGGUUUUGUUUUGUUUUGUUUUUGAGGAAGUGGCAGAUUGGAAUGAGAGCUAGCCUUGAAAGCAAGAAGAUCUGGGGUCAAGUCCCACCUUUUACACAUGCUAGUUGUGUGACUUAACGUCUCAGGGCCCCAGGCAGCUUCCUAAGACAAAAGGUGCCCAUCUGCCUUGAUAGAGGCAGUUUUCUCACAUGGAAAUUCCCUGUACCAAUGAAAUCACAGAUCUGUCUGGUCUUUACCUCAUCCAGUUUUUGUAGCAACACCUCAUGGAUCCGUGGGAAAAGAUCUUUUUUUUUUUUUUUGAUCAUAUGAUAUUCAGCCAGAGAGAAGGGGAAAUAAAUGACAGUAUUUUUCUAGUGAAGGGGUAGAAGCCUGGAACUGAGAAAAUUGUCCACAGGCUAAUGGUCCAAUAGCAUUUAUUUGUUAUAGCAUUAAUUCCCUUUUAGUAUUUGUCCUAGACUUUUUCUGUUCUAAAAUUCACAAACACUUUCUUAAGCAUUCUUAAGGAAUCACCUUCUCUGGAAGGAAGAACAAAAGGGAGGAGUGGAGUGGGGAAAAUUAAAGCUGUGUUGCAUCACUGAGCCAAGUCAGGGUAGAGUUUUGCUCUUGGGGGGUAAUGAUGUAGGACCCAGAAGUGGGGACUAGUGCAGGAAUGAAUUUUUAAAUGGUAUUUCUUCAGCAAAAUCGAAUAGUUCUUUCUAUAAAAUCUUUGGGGGUCUUUUUGGAUGAUUUAAUAUUUUAUUUUUUCCCCAAUGAUAUGUGAAAAUAAUUUUUAACUUUUGUUUUGUAAAAUUUUGAGCUCCAAAUUCUCUCCCUUACUCUUUCCCCUCCCCUCUCAUUUAGAAG